AUGAGUGGCUGUCUGGUGCAAAGCCUGCCCACCAAAACCCGCCAAAACCAGCCAAAACCCUCUAAAACUCGCCAAAACCCACCAAAACUGACCAAAACUCACCAAAACCCGCCAAAACCCACCAAACCCCUUCAAAACCCACAAAAACUCACCAAAACCAGCCAAUUGCCACCAAUUCCCUCCAAAACCCACCAAUUCCCUGCAAAACCCACCAAAACCCGCCAAAACCCACCAAUUCCCACCAAAACAUGCCAAAACCCACCAAUUCCUGCCAAAACCCACCAAUUCCCUCCAAAACCCAUCAAAACAAACCAAAACCCGCCAAAACCCACUAAUUCCUGCCAAACCCAAACAAUUCCUGCCAAAACCCACCAAUUUCCAUUAAAACUCGCCAAAACCCACCAAUUCCUGCCAAAACCCACCAAUUCCUGCCAAAACCCACCAAUUCCCGCCAAAACCCACCAAAACCGGCCAAAACCCACAAUUCCCACCAAAACCAAAAUCCGCCACAACCCUCCAAAACUCGCCAAAAUCUUCAAAAACCCUCCCAAACCCAUCAAAACUUGCCAAAACUCGCCAAAACCCACCAAAACCCACAAUUCCCACCAAAACCUGCUAAAACCCACCAAAACCCGCCACAACCCUCCAAAACUCGCCAAAAUCUUCCAAAACCCUCCCAAACCCAUCAAAACUUGCCAAAACUCACCAAAACCCACCAAAACCCUCCAAACCUCUCCAAAACCUGCCAAAACCCACCUAAACCUGCCAAAACCCUUAAAAACUCGCCAAAACCCUCCAAACCCCUUCAAACCGCUCCAAAACACACCAAAACCCACCCAAACCUGCCAAAACCUCCAAAACCUCCAAAACCCUCCAAAAAUCCUCCAAAACUCGCCCAAACCCUACAAAACCCACCUAAACCCACCAAAACCCACCAAACCCCUUCAAAACCCACAAAAACUCACCAAAACCAGCCAAUGGCCACCAAUUCCCUCCAAAACCCACCAAUUCCCUGCAAAACCCACCAAAACCCGCCAAAACUUGCCAAAACCCACCAAUUCCUUCCAAAACCCACCAAUUCCCUCCAAAACCCAUCAAAACCCACAAUUCCCACCAAAACCCGCCACAACCCUCCAAAACUCGCCAAAAUCUUCCAAAACCCUCCCAAACCCAUCAAAACUUGCCAAAACUCACCAAAACCCACCAAAACCCUCCAAACCUCUCCAAAACCUGCCAAAACCCACCUAA